UGCUGCUGCUGUGUAGUGCGUGGGCAGUGCUAUCAGGCCGUCCGACCAGGUCAUCGCGCGUCUCUGCAAUGACGCGUCGCGCAUGGCACCGUACAGUGGCUACUCUUCUCCCGAAGGAACUGUUGUGGAUCCGACGGAUGGGCGUAACUGCGAGCGACUGCAGAUUGCUGUCCUAGCUGUAGGGCAAUGGCCUUUAGGCGGAUGCGGAGGAGCCGCGCGGUGUGGUCGCUGCUUGUGGUGGCGGCGCUGGUGUGCGGCUGGACGCUGCUGUCCGUCAGCGACGUCUACAACAACAGCCUGUCUGACGCCCCUGUUCACAACGCCUGGGAAGACAGCGACGAGCCUGACGCAGACCUGGAUGGCACCCUGGCCAACUGGCGCGGCCUCACCGACGAACAGAUCGGCCAGAUGUCAGAGCUGGGCCGGCUGUUGUUCGUGGACCCGUCGCUGCGGCCACCGCCACGCCCCCGCAACUUCACCAUACUGGUGUGGAGGCACGGCAAGCUGCUCGAGAGGAGGCACCUCCGCCGCUUCGGCGACCGCAAGCUGUCGCCGUGGGAGGGGUGCGCCGUGUCCAACUGCCGGCUGACGUACGCGGAUGUGGACCUGGUGGCGGCCGACGCGGUGGUCUUCCACCUGCACCGCACGGAGUCGCCGGCCGCGCUGCCCGCCAGAGGGCCGCAGCACGCGCACCAGCGCUGGGUCUUCCUCACCGAUGAGAGCCCCCUGCACACCUUCCUCAAGGCGCGCAAGGGCACCAAGCUCGCAGACUUCGACGGCCUUUUCAACUGGUCUAUGACGUACAGGAUGGACUCUGACGUGCCGGUGCCGUACGGGCGCACGCUGGCGUUGCCCGCGGACGGCGGCCACGGCUGGCAGCCCCCGGAGCCGCGGACGCGCCUCGCCGUCAUCAUGGGCUCCAACUGCGCCCGCAGCGGCAACCACCGCUGGGACUACGUCCGCCGCCUGCAGCAGCUGCUGCCCGGCCAGGUCGACGUCUACGGCCGCUGCGGCACUCUCACCUGCCCUGGCCACUUCACGAAGGACUGCCCUGCGCUGUCGCAGUACAAGUUCUACUUGUCGUUCGAGAACAGCAAUUGCCGCGAGUACGUCACGGAGAAGCUGUGGUGGAACGCCUACCAUCACGGUGCGGUGCCCGUCGUUAUGGGCGCCUCCCAGCAAGACUGCCAGCGGCUGCUGCCGCCCGGGUCCUACCUGCACGCGGCGGACUUCGCGAGCCUGGCGGACCUGGCGCGCUACCUCCAGCACCUGGACAGGUCCCCGCGCGACUACGCCGCCUUCUUCCGCUGGCGCCGCCGUUUCCGCGUCCUCAACGAGCACGGCUACUUCGGCGCGCCCACCCGCCACUACUGCCGCCUGUGCGAAGCCCUCAACUACAACGAACGCACGCCCAAGGUGUACAGCCGCCUCGGCGACUUCUGGAACGCCGGCAGGGACUGCUACCCGCCCUACUACACCUAGACGUGCCGUCACAUUCCUUGAGUAGAUCUUUUUCUACUGUGAUUUACGUCACCACUUGCCACGAAAAGAAUGGAAACAUUCCCACAUAUGCACAUUGACCGUCAACGGGAAUGGCAGAAUAGGAUGUUUACCUGAGUUCCCUGUAUGCUUUCCAAGAUAAUGUGAUGUUACGACGUUUAAGAGCUGUUGCGACCUAACGGUGUUACAGCAGGAAAUCCAUCGUGACAGAACAUUUCGUAACUUAAGCCGUGUACAUACGCUACAGACUACGUUAAUGAAGGCGUUCUAUUGUAGCAGGCUAUUUUAACAAUGCUCCACGAGGUACGAUCGCCCGCGAGCAGCCGCUACGGUACGGAGAGUGAGUAUUUCCACUUUAGUGAAUACUCAAACCUCAGUAACGAGUUCUAAAGGAUUCAUCGAUGAAAAUACUGCCGAGAUUUCAGUACGACACGUGCUGGAAUAUAGCAACCAGCACAUUACUCGAGGACGAUGCCAUUUCAUACAAGGGAGAAAGUAGUAGGAACACAUUUUCACCUUUCAAGAAUUUAAUAAAGUUAGAUUACUUUAAAUACUACACGAAGGUGUAACCAACCUGAGUUUCGAAACUUCCUAUCACAGACAAUGUGAAGAAACGCAUUUAUAGCUUUCUUUGUUAUGCUGAUUUUUCAAGAAAAUGUAUGUUUUAUUGUUUUUACAUUACGGAAAUGGAUACGAAAAAUAUUGCUUGCAAUAUUACUUUUCAGGAACUGCUACCCAUCACUAAAGCAGCUAGAGUUAUCUAUGCAAAUUUUAGAUAAUUUGGAUAGAAACAUGAAAUAAUGCAUGCUCGACGCCACUCUUUCAGGCAAAUACCACGUAUUUAAUGUAGUAUUUGAACUUAACAAUGUGAUCUCUUUUUGUUUAUGUAAAGAGAGUUAGUUGUAAGUAUUACACAACCAAAGA